AUGCUCAACUCCCAUUUUCAGACACUCGCGAAGACCAACUGUCCGUUGACGGACGUAGAGCUUCGCGACGUGCGCGUUCUCUGGGAGAGGCUCACCGCUGCCCGUGCUCGCCAGCUCGAGCUCAUCGAGCUGCCUUUCCCAAUGGCCUUUCGCCAGAUGUGCGUCGCAGAGGAGGAGCGGAUUGCUGGGGACCUGAGCACUUGCAGGGCACUGCUGAACCCUGCACGACGACUUCCUGUUGGGGUCAUUGCGAGGAUCCUCGCGUUUUAUCCACUCGCAAGCGACUCCACGGAGAGGCACCUCGAAGUAUACAGCCUCUGCCAGAUCUCGUCCAGGUGGCGGAACGCCGCGCUGAGUGUUCCUCUUCUUUGGACCACGUUGCGUCUGAUCCUUCCAGACGCCACGAACCCAACGUACGCCGACGCCCGGCUUUAUAUGAUCGACUGGUUCGCACGGGCUGGCCCCUCUGCCCCUCUUGCACUGCAUCUCGACGUCAGGACGCCGAUCCACGACGACUCCGUCCUCCGCGUGGAAGGGCUUUACGUUUUGGUCAAGCUAGUGUGUCCUUACAUCGACCGUCUCCGAUACCUUAGCCUCGGCCAAGUGUUCAGGCCGAAUGUCUUGCUGUCUUUCCUUGUGCAAUCCCAAUUCAAGAACCUCGGGUCGCUCGUUCUCGGUGCUCCAGGAGACGCACCAUUACCAGAGGCGCUGGAUGUCUCGUACAACCCGCUCUCGCCCGAGGUCCUCCUCCCCAACCUACGUCGUGUCAAGGUCGAACAAGAGUUGCUUUUACCAUUCAGCAGCUCUUCAUACUCCAUUGCCCUGAAGGACUUUCCUAUGCCCUUCAACCGUCUCACCUACUUGACUCUAGAAUCUGUAGAUGUCAAGGAUUGGAUCAAGGCCAUGCAGGACUGCACCUUGCUGCAGUUCGGCAUGUUUCAUCUCAAAGGCACCUUCAGCGCAUGCGACGAAAUGCUAGACGGAGGGAAAUCCCUACUCUCUUACCUCACCGAUUUAACGCUGACAUUUGAGGGCUGUGUCAACCCCACUGUGUUCAACCUGGUCGAGACCUCGGUUCUCUCAACUCUUCGAAUCGGGUCCUCGAUGCCCGAUCACCUCGACCUCUGGGGUCCGAGAGCGAACGGCAUGUUCGCCCAGAUGUCAAAACUUGGCCUUCUUUCCCUCGUUAGGGCCUGGCCGAUCCACAUAGAGGUCUUCCACCAACUUCUUGAAAACAGCCCUCAUGUUAUCGAGCUCGAACUGGAACUUAAUACCGACGUCGCUCCCGUCUUCGAUGCCCUCCAUAACCGGACGCCUGUUCUUCAAUGCCACGUCCCUCGCCUGAAGACCAUCCUAAUCGAUAUGGUCAUCUACGCGCUGAGCGCGACCACCAUAGCCGAUUUCCCGCUGGACGGGUUUCUCGAUUUCCUGGAAUCCCGUGCUGGGACAUUGAAGAGGUGUUGUCUGCACGUUGAUGAUGAUGAGGCGCACCAUGUCGUCCGAGAGCAGAUUCGGAAGGUCCUGAAGAAAUCGACAUCGGGUGUCUCGGUCUCCCUCACGUCGCAACGCGAGAUGAAGGAUCGAGGAUGGAGAAGACGCCUCCCCAACCACACAAGUGCUAACGAGACCGCGACCUACCGCGAAGCUGCUCUUAAGCAUGGAUUCGCCAAUCGGCGAACUGCUCUCCCAGACCCCACCGUGCUGGGCGAACGUUAUUCACACCGCGUGUUUCAGCCUGGGAUGAGCUGGGAGUUACUGUACAAGAUUCGGAUCAUGGUUCGAAACUCUUGGAAUGGACACGCGCCUAACUUCAACCAACGUGUAUACGUGGAAAAAGUGCAUUGCAUCAAGGUCGAGGAGAUGGCUCAUGACGACCUGAGCUCACAGGAAGGAGGUUUAUUCGUAACGGAUAUCGAUAAACGGAUCAGCUUUAUUGAUAUGCAGGCAUACGUUCCCGCAUAUACCCACAUCGAGUACGCGACCUAUCUGGUAGACGAGAACGCUGGAGGCAUGGCCAUCGCCCCGGAAAUUGUAGGCAAGCAAAUCCUGGGUCUGCGUUGGGUAGCUGAUGACACAGACGUGUCCCUGGUUUAUGCAGUCAAUUUCCUACCCUCGGAGACCUGA